AUGGCAAAAUCAUUCCACUUCCUCUAUUGGCCACGAGACCUUGAAGAACGUGUUCUAGAGUUGCUAGAGUUGAGGAAGAAAGCCGGCUUACUCCUCGACAACGAGCAACGUCCAUUGAUCAUCUGGGAGCCGGCGCCGCUCUCUUGCAAUAAGAAGCAACUGUCCUCCCUCUUUUCCGCUCUGAAAGUCGUGGAUGUAUGUUCUCCAAACCAUCUAGAGCUCUUGAGGCUUUUUGGAGAGCAGCCUUCAAGUCCUUUCAGUAGGGCGCAGGUGGAAGAUCUCGCCAGGAGAAUCUUUGACUCCGGCGUGGGACCAAGACGAACUGGAACUGUCGUUAUAAGAGCGGGUGAACAUGGUGCCAUGACUCUGAAUCCCCAUGAUGGUAUUUGCCAUUGGAUACCUCCAUAUUAUGGUUCAUCUCUGUCCCCGGCUGAGGGUGAAUCGCAGUCUUCCGGAGUUGUUGAUGCGACGGGUGCCGGCAAUGCCUUUCUGGGCGCAUACGCCAUAGGAUAUUUGAAAACAGGGGAUAUAAAGGAAGCAGCAUGCUAUGGAUCUGUGGCAGCAUCAUUUGUUUUGGAGCAGAGAGGUAUGCCGCGAAGAAAGGCAACAGACGGCCAAGAAAAGUGGAAUGAUAGCGAUGUUCAUGACAGGUUAAACACGUACUUGGAGCAGGUCUUCAUGUCUACUCAUCGUCGCUAA